ACUCAUGGCCUGGGCUCGCGUUUAAAUGAAGUUUGAUGCAGACCCAGAGUUUAGUUCGGGAUUUUUGUUGCUGAACCAUGAGUCUCGUACUUCAUGACCUCUACCUCUGCUGUUGCCAGUUGGACAAUGACAAGACUACAGAAAGGAAGAAAGAAGUAGAUAAAUUUAAACGUCUUAUUCGGACUCCAGAAGUCAUUGAGCAGUUGGACCGAAACUCUGAAUCAAAACAUCCAAAACAGUUGAACUGGGAUGCAGUUUUCAGGUUUCUUCAAAGGUACAUCCAGAAAGAGACUGAAGGUCUGCAAGCAGCCAACCCAAAUGUAUCAGCAACCACCCAAGCCAACCGACAGAAAAAAAUGCAAGAAAUUGGCAGUAUCAUGAAAUGUUUUAUCCGAUGGGCUAAUAAAAGAGGACCACGGCUAAAGUGUCAGGACCUUCUGAAGCACAUCAUGGAUACGCUGCAGAACAAAUUUAGUUGUGCUGCUUAUGGUACUGACUACAGCAGCAUUCUGCUGAAGGACAUCCUCUCAAUUAGGAAGUACUGGUGUGAAAUUUCCCAACAACAGUGGUCAGAUUUAAUGAACUUGUACUUCAAGAUGUUUCUGAAACCGUCUAAUGACACUAACCGGGUCCUUGUGGCCAGAAUAAUACAUACUCUUGUCAGAGGUUGCUGUUUCCAGUGUGAAGGACUGACCUCCAGGCUGUUUGAGUUCUUUGCAAAGGCAAUGCAGAAUGCAAGACAAGAACAAGUUUUCGCUGUUAUUGAAAACAUCAUGUCAGCUCUCAAUGUCUUUCUCAAUGUGUGCGUAAUGAACUGUCGUAUUCGAGUGUGUAAACUGGGCGAGGAGGUUUUUCCAACACUGCUAUGCAUUUGGACUCAGAGGCGUCCCCAGGAUUCCCUCAAAGAAGAAAUCAUUGAAUUCUUCCGAUUACAGCUUCGAGCUCAUCACCCGAAAGGUGCCAAAGUACCAGAGAAAGGUGCUUUUGCAGCUGACUGGUUGAAAUGGCAAAACCUGCUUUAUAGUCUUUAUGAUACAAUUGUGAGUGAAGUGAGCCACAUAGGAAGCAGAGGGAAAUACUCAGGAGGGACGCGCCAUGUUGCUGUCAAGGAUAAUUUAGUUGAUCUGGCUGCUGAUAUCUGUCAUCAGUUGUUUGAUCAAGGUACCAAGGUGUUUGUGUCUUCAGUAACAGACGUUGAUACACCGCAAAGCCCUUCUCAUCAGGGAACACCGAACAAACGUCGACGUGUUGAAUUAGGAUGGGAAGUGGUACGAGAUGGGCUGCAAAAAUCACAGAGUGAUUUUGAUAUGGUACCUUGGUUACAAAUCACUACAGUUCUGGUUGCAAAAUAUCCAUCAAGUGUACCCCGCAAUGAGCUUGUUCUUAUUCUGACCAUCUUGCACCAGAUCCUCUCUCAGCAGAGACGUGGAGAGAAAAUUUCUUAUGUUCUUUGCUGUCUCCGUGAGAUUGCUGUGUGCCAAAGUCAAAAGUCAAACUUGAGUAGUGCCCAGAAAUUAGAGCUGCAGAAACUCUGGACCAAGAUCUGGGCCAUCACACUUCGGAGUAUCAGCUCGCAGCAGACUGAGGCUGAAAGCUUUCAGCUGCUAGAGGCUAUUCUUCAUGGAAACCUGACUGUUCCAGACAAGGAUUUCUGGAAAAUCUUUUCAUCCUCCACGUGCCAACCAUCCAGCUCUGCAGUUAAAUGUCUGUCACGAGCAUUGGCAAAAUGCACUUUACCAGACAAAGUGGAUGGUGUAGCUGAACAUUAUCUAAUAACUACGGGUGACAGACCACAGACGCUCAGAGAAGCAAUAAUGAGGUGGCUACUGGGAUACCGAGCAGAUGAAGAUGUUGAAGAAAAUGUGGCACUUCCAUCUGCUAUCUGCAGGGAUUUUCCAAAUCAGCUUAUUUCUCAAAUAUUGGUUGUUCUGACGUUGAAGGACUGCAAAGCAGGGAUGGAUUUUUUUCACUCACCUUCGCCAGAGAGUAUAUUUGCAGAUAAAAGCCCAGAUCCAGAUGCCAAAGAUGGCACAGUUUUUUCAGAAACUGAACAGCUUUUCCUGCAAACAACAUUUGAUGAAACUCUAAACUACAGUAGCACUGUUGUAUCACUUCAAAAUAAGAAAUCUGUUGCAUCAAGAAUAAGUGUCAAACAUACUUUGAAGAACAAACUGGAGGAAUAUUUAUUAUCAUUGAUUGAAUGUCUGCAUUCUGCAAUGAUGGUUCCUCCAGAAUGCCAGGUUCGCUGUGCAGACCUCAUCAUUGGUGUACUCCAGGGAUAUGCUGAUGUUGCUGUCACCAGUGAGGGUGAUGCAUAUGCAUCUGUUCUGUUUCAGAAGGCAAAGUCUUGCAUACUGGCUGCUGGUGAAUUCAUUUCUUCGGCCAAAAACAAACUUAAUGAGGAAUUGAAAGCCAUGAAAACUAUGGUUACUGUAUGCUCAAAAUGUCUACACUCUCCCAUUAAGCAUUGGGCAAAGAGGAGCUCAUCUGUUCUCUUCCUUCGAUUAUUUCCAGCAAGAUUUAUGAAUGAUCUGGUCCAGAUUUGCAAGCAACUGGCAGUUCAUAAUGGAAAAUCGCAUGAUGCUGGGGAAGUCAAGGAUAAUAUUGAAGACAGUUUUAUGGAAGCACAGGGAAGUGGAACCGGGGAUUUUUUUGACGACAAUGACAAAACCUUUGAAGUAGAUGACUAUAGUGACAGCAGCGACUCGAUGGUCGGAACAGGCGCAAAGAGCAUUUUAGCUGAAGAGAAUUUGACAAAACAUGAUUUUCUACUCCUUGACAUUCUCCGAUUUCUCUGCUGUUGCACAGCAGUAGGGCAGAUGCACGUACUUUCUUUCAGGUCUGAUGAUAUUCGAAGAAAGCUGUUAAUGUUAAUUCAAGACACAGAUCGUAGCAUUUCAAAAUCACUGCACUUGCACAUGUACUUGACCUUGCUGAAAGAGCUCCCAUCAGAAGAAUGUGUUCUCCCAUCUGAUGAUAUCUCCAUACUUGUGAAACCUCUUUUGGAUUUGUGUUCCAUGUAUCGUUAUGAUCAAGAAGUUUGUUCGGUAAUCCUGACACACAUUCUUCCAUUGCUAUCGGCACAAGGCAUUGACGCUGAUGAACUUACUGAUGUCCAAGGAAAACUGCUAACGACAAUUGGAGCAUUCUGGCAUCUAAGCAAGGAAGGAAAAUGUAACUCACAAGUGAGAACUGCUUUAGUAAGAUGCAUGAAAGCAUUACUUGAGAAAGACCCACAUUCCAAAUGGACUGUACUCUCCAUCAGAGGUGAAGAGUUGCCUGUUUCUGAAGUCUAUACAGAGUUCCUAAAAGAUAGUCACCAUCAGGUUCGCAUGCUUGCUGCCAUGUCUGUUAACAGACUAUUCCAAGAAUUCCAGGUACAGGAUGAAUUUGUACAACUGAAAGCCCUUCCUGUGAAAUUGCAGCAGAGUGCCUUUGAAAAUGUGUAUAUGAAAGUACAAGCAGGAAUGAGAUUUCAGAGUAGUGAAGAAGAACUCCAGGAUGAGAAGUGUAACCGAAGAGCAACACUGCUUACAGUGAUUUCAUGGAUCAUGUGCUGUAGCCCCAUUUGUGAAAAACAAGCCUUAUUUGCGAUUUGCCAGUCAUUCAAGGAGAACAGAUUGGAUCCUAUGCUUGUUAAAAAAAUUCUUGGGACUGUAUCGAACUGUUUGAAGUAUCGUAAUUUGGAAAGCUUCAUGAUUUCCCACUUGGAUUAUCUUAUCCAUCAGUGGCUGCGAAUGAAUGAUUCAGGCUAUAACUUGUCUACGUUCCCUUAUGUCCUGUUGAACUGUGCCAAUCUGGAAGAAUUUUGCAGAUCCUAUUACAAAAUUCUUGUGCCACACCUAACGGUUAAUAGUAACAUGGAGGAAGUGAAGUUAAUUGCUGCAAGCGUUAAAAGGAAUUGGAAAGAAGUGCUUGCUGAUUGCCUCCCAAAAAUCAUGGCUUACAUCUUACCGUGCUUUGCAUAUCAAGAUAAGAAUGGAUCUGAUAGUGAUAUGGCACAGCAAAGGGAAAAUGCAUCAAAGGUGUUUGACAUGCUGAAGGAAGAUGAUUGUCUAGGAAAGCAGCAAAUUGACCAUUUGAGUCACAACAGAUUGCCAGAGAUUGUUGUUGAGCUGCUCAAUACACUGUACGAACCUCCCAACCAAGAUUCUGGAGAUGGUACACAGUUGGUAAAGUUUUCUGGGGCAAUGGAUCCUGCACCUAAUCCACCUUAUUUUCCAUCUUCUGUGAUCAAAGCUACAUUGGAAUACAUUAGUAGCUGCCACAAAGAAAAAUUUAAAUCACUUGUUGCAGUUCUUUCAAAAAACCCAGAUUCAAUCCAGAAAAUUUUGCUAGCAAUUUCUAAGAAGGCAGCAGACAACAGUAGUGCCUAUGAAAAGCAUCGGAUCCUGAUGAUGUAUCGUUUGUUUGUAAACUUGCUGCUGAAAGAGAUAAAGGAUGGCCUGGGAGGAGUGUGGGCAUUUGUUCUUCGUGAUGUCAUCUAUAGUCUGAUCCAUCAUAUCAAUAGCUGGCCAUCACACAAGGAUGAUGUAACAACACGUAGCUUUUCUCUGUGUUGUGACCUCUUAAAUGUUACUUGCAAAACUGCUGUAGACCACUGUGGAGAUGCACUUGCAAGCCACCUUCAUGUUAUUGUAGGCACACUUAUACCAUUGGUUCAUGAGCAACCAGAGAUUCGCCAGCAGGCAUUAGAAUUGCUGAAAUAUCUAGUGAUAACGAAUCAAGGCAAUGUGAACUUGUGCAAUGCAAUUAGGCAUUUAGAUUCAUUCCCUGACCUUCCUGACUUCAGAGAGUUGCGCCUCACUCAGGAGAAAAUCAAAUACAGCAAAAGAAUGUUCACAUUUUUGGAGGAAAUCAAUCACUUCCUUUCAGUCAGCUCCUGUGAUUCAUUACCAUUGACGAGGCUUGUAGGAUUAAAAGAUCUGAAACAACAGCUGGAACUACACAAAGAAGAUGUUAAAAAUUUGUUGAAAGAGUGUCAAGUUGGUCCAGAGUCCAGUGUUCUAGUGAAACUGGUUAUAAAUCUUUUGCAGUUGUGCAAGUCUGCCUCUAAUCACCCUGCUGGAAAAGAUAUUCUUGAAGCUGCAGGGAGUUGCUUAGGGGAAAUAGGUCCCAUUGACUUUUCAACCAUUACUUUACAACACAAGAAGGAUGAAAUUCAUUGCAAAGCAACAGAACUGUUUAAAGAAAACAAAUUUAAAUUAAUUUUCAUUAUCUUAAAUGUAAUUAAUAACAGUCUCAUUGACCAAUGUAUUGAAGUCCGUUUUGCAGCUGCUACUUGUGCAAAAAAUAUUCUAGCUACACAGUCAGGUCACCAGGUCUGGGAACUAAGUAAAAAUGAUCCACUUGGUCCAGAUCCUAUGCUGAUGUAUUUGCACCCUUUCCGAACAGCCAAAAGAAAGGUUCAGGAGCUGCCAAUCAGUUCUAGACCAUCUGGAAAUCUUGACGAUGACUGUUUGUGGAUACCUCAGUGUGGAAACCAUGACAAAUGGUUGAAAACACUGACCUGUACAUUGCUGGACAGUGGAGGUGUGAGAAGCGAAGUUCUACAGUUAAUAAAGCCAAUCUGUGAGGUGAAGACUGAUUUCUGCCAGAUGACCCUUCCGUACUUGAUCCAUGAUAUCCUCCUCAAUGAUGAUGAUAACUCUUGGCAGGUGUUACUAUCUAAUCAUAUUCAGGGUUUUUUUAAUGCAUGCUGCAGAAUGGGAUCAGGCUCUAGCCGAUCCACCACUCCAGCCAUCGUUGACUCAGAAACAGACAGCCUUCCCCACGGACAAAUAGAUAUAACAUCUCGGCGCACCAUGCUGGCAGUGGUCGAUUACUUGCGAAAACAAAAAAGGCGUCAGCUGAGCACUGUGUGGGAUGAUACCUUCUGGUUGGAUCUGAACUACUUAGAAGUUGCCUUGACAGCUCAAUCAUGUGCAGCUCACUUCACAGCCUUGCUUUGUGCAGAGAUCUAUGCAGAUAAAAUCAGAUCUGAAGAAGAGGAAAUGAAAAGAGCUUCUUACAAAGUGGCUCGGAGUCUAAAGUUUGAUGAGAGCAGCCAAGAACUAACAAUCUCCAGCUUGAGCAACAAAAGCAAAGAAGAAACGGGGAUUGGUUUACAGGAGCUCCUGAUUGAUGUGUACAGAAGUAUAGGAGAACCUGAUAGUUUGUAUGGCUGUGGUGGAGGGAAGAUGUUACACCCACUUGCCAGAAUUCGAACAUAUGAACAUGAAGUGCUAUGGGACAAAGCUCUUGUAACAUAUGAUAUUGAAAUGAAUCUCCCUGUCUCUACACGUCAAGCCGGUAUUGUCCAGGCUUUACAGAACUUUGGAUUAUGCCAUGUUCUCACUACAUAUCUAAAGGGACUUGAAGCUGAAAAUGCAGAAUGGUGUGAAGAAUUGCAGGAAAUCUAUUUCCAGGCAGCCUGGAGGAACAUGCAGUGGGAUCAUGUCCCCCCAUGCAGAAAUGAGUCUUCAGGACCUGGAUAUCAUGAAUCUGUGUAUAAUGCAUUGCAAUCUCUGAAAGAUGAAGAAUUUUCUGCCUUCCAUGAGAUUUUAAAGUUUGCCAGGGUGAAAGAAGUUGAAGAAUUAUGCAAAGGAAGCCUGGAGUCAGUUUAUUCUCUGUACCCUACUCUGUGCAAAUUGCAAAUACUUGGAGAACUGGAAACUGUUGGACAGCUGCUACUCAGAUCCGCAACAGAUGAUUCAUUAAGUAAGAUGCAUAGAAAAUGGGAGCAACAACUUCAGCUUCUCAAGGACAGUGACUUUACCUUCCAGGAGCCUAUCUUAGCCAUGAGGACAGUUAUUCAGGAGAUGCUUAUCAAAAAGGAAAUGGAUGGUCAAAGAAAGGAUUUCAUUAAGGGUACUCUGACUGAGCAUUUACUUCACAUGGCAAAAUUAGCACGUGCAGCAAGAAAUUCCCAGUUGGCAGAGAAAGCCAUCUUCCAGAUCAAGCAACACAAUCCAUUUGGGUUUGGCAUUUCCACCUGGCAAUUAGAAGAGGCCCAGGUCUUUUGGGCUAAACAGGAACAAAGUCUUUCUCUUGAUGUUCUCAAGCAGAUGAUUGACAAAUUAGAGGUAAAUAGCGAUGAUUCAUUAAUGCCACUGUAUGUUGAGUGCUUGAGACUCUGUGGCAACUGGUUGGCAGAAACAUGUUUAGAAAGUCCUGGCACCAUCAUGCAAAAAUAUUUAGAAAAGGCUGUAGCUCUCAGUAUUCAACACAAGGACACAGUUCACAAUGGUAAGAUGGAAGCAUUUUUAUCACUGGCACGUUUCUCAGAUGCACAAUACCAGAGUAUUGAUAAUUAUAUGAAAUCAUCUGAGUUUGAAAACAAACGUGCCCUUCUCAAGAAUGCCAAAGAGGAAAUCCACUUGAUCAGAGAACACAAAUUUCAAACUAACAGAUACGUGGUGAAAGUACAGAGAGAAUGUGAAAUAGAUGAAAAAGCAAUGUGUGCGUUGCAAGAGGAUCGCAAGCAGUUUCUGUGUAAAGCAGUUGAGAACUACAUCAAUUGCUUGCAGAGUGGAGAGGAGCAUGACAUGCGUAUCUUUAGACUUUGCUCUUUGUGGCUUGAAAAUUCAAAUGUUCCAGAAGUAAACAACAAAAUGAAGGAUGGUGCAGAAAAGAUUCCAUCAUACAAGUUUUUACCUUUAAUGUACCAGCUGGCUGCUCGAAUGGGAACAAAGAUGCCAGGAGGGCAAAGGUUUCAUGAAGUGUUAAACAAGCUAAUUGAAAGAACUUCAUUGGAUCACCCUCAUCACACACUAUUUAUUAUCUUGGCCUUAUCCAAUGCAAACAAGGAUGACAUUCUCGGGAAACCUGAAACGCUAAAGAGAGGAAAACAUACAAGAAAGGAGGUGUCCCAUCUGGAUCAGGAAAGAAUGGAUGCUGCGAGCAGGAUAAUAAAUACAAUACGAAAAUCUAAGGCUAAAAUGGUGAAGGAUAUUGAGAAAUUAUGUGACGCCUUAAUCACUCUUGCAAACAUGGAUGCCAGUAAUUGGAAGACAGAAAGAAAAGCUAUUGAAAUCCCUUCAACACAACCUAUCACUAAAUUAAAAGAUCUCGAUGAAGUUGUUAUUCCCACCGUGGACCUCAAGGUUGAUCCAUCUGGAAAAUAUGAAAAUAUGAUUACUGUGAAAUCAUUCAAAUCUCAGUUCCGCUUAGCAGGUGGAGUGAAUCUUCCAAAAAUUAUUGAUUGCGUAGGGUCAGAUGGGAAAGAGAGAAGGCAACUUGUCAAGGGACGUGAUGAUCUGCGACAGGACGCUGUAAUGCAGCAGGUUUUUCAGAUGUGUAAUGCACUUCUACAAAAGAAUGCAGAUACCAGGAAGAGGAAACUGACUAUCCGCACAUAUAAGGUCAUUCCUCUUUCUCAACGAAGUGGUAUUCUGGAGUGGUGUACAGGAACUGUACCGAUUGGGGAAUAUCUGGUUAAUUCCAGUGAAGGAGCCCAUAAAAGGUAUCGACCCAAAGAUUGGAGCAGCCUAGACUGCAGAAAACGAAUGUCGGAAGCACAGAAACUAAGCUUUGAAGGUAAAUAUCAAGUCUUCAUGGAUGUCUGUGAGAAUUUUCGGCCUGUUUUCCGAUACUUUUGCAUGGAAAAGUUCUUGGACGCAGCUGUUUGGUUUGAAAAACGGCUGAGCUACACUCGAAGUGUAGCUACUUCUUCAAUUGUUUGCUACAUUGUUGGCCUUGGUGACAGACACGUACAAAAUAUCCUCAUAGACGAGGAUUCAGCUGAACUUGUUCAUAUCGAUUUGGGGGUUGCAUUUGAGCAAGGAAAAAUUCUUCCUACUCCGGAGACGGUUCCAUUCCGACUGACCAGGGACAUAGUAGAUGGAAUGGGUAUCACUGGUGUGGAAGGUGUUUUCAGAAGGUGUUGUGAAAAGACUAUGGAGGUUAUGAGAAGUUCACAAGAAGCUUUAUUAACUAUUGUUGAGGUGUUGUUGUAUGACCCUCUUUUUGACUGGACCAUGAACCCUUUGAAAGCACUUUAUCUACAGCAGAGACCUGAAGAAGAUGCAGAUCUCCAUUCCACACUCAACUCUACCAUAAGAGGAGAUGAGUCAGAGUGUGAUAGAAAAACCACUGAUGUCAAAAGCAUCAAUAAAGUAGCAGAACGUGUACUUCUAAGGCUACAAGAAAAGCUGAAGGGAGUUGAAAGUGGUGCUGUCCUCAGUGUGGAUGGACAGGUAAAUCUCCUGAUACAGCAAGCCAGAGAUCCCAAGAACCUCAGUCGAUUAUUUCCAGGAUGGCAACCUUGGGUAUAAUCAAAACAAAAUUGGUAAAAUCAUAAGUUUAACUGUAGAUAUUUAUUUUAGCUAUAUGCUACAAAUUAAUUUGUAUUGUACCGAUAUGUACAGUAUGGAUGUGUAUAUGUUCAUCAAAUCUUUGAAAGGGAGUCCUGUACCUUGGGUCAGAGUAAAAAAUCAUGGCCCGUUGCUGUUGCCAGGCACAGCAGGUCAGGUCAUUGGCACAUCCCCCACCCCCCCCCCAACAACCUUUCCUGGGCCAUACCUCAAGCUGAGAUACCAGUGAAAUGCUGCAAAUAUUUUUUCUAUUUUUAGUUAAUUUCAAAAAGAUGAAACAAGAUGUUACUUAAACAGUAUUAGAUUUUCUUCCUGUACCCAAGGUAGCAAUUGUGCUGUCAUAUUCACAAUAAGGAAUUUUCUCUUUCAAGUUAUUAGAAAAAUGUCAAACUGUGUCAGUCUUGUGCCUUGUUUCCUGCAAUAGGACUCAGAUCAAAAUGAGCAUGCUGUUUUUUUUAAAACAAGUUGAAUUGCUGUAUUCAUAGCUACAGAUUUUGACUAAAUUUCAUGUUGUUAACAAAAAGCCAAGCUUUAGUACUGCACAGCAGGCAAUUGGACCUUAUAAAUACAAACCAUGUCCCUAGCCCGAACAUAGUGCCCCAUCAAAAAUGUUGCAUCAGUGAGUUUAUUCUGUCAUCUCCUAACUUGUGUUCAGUUUUUAAACAGUGUAACAAAGGUACCAUCUGGCAAUAAAGCUGGAAUGACUAUUUCCAGAAACAUCUUAUGCAUAUGUAAAUUAAGGCAAUCUUUAAUUUUGAAAAUUAGUCAGUGAAACAUGAUGUUUUAGCAAGUUUAAUGUCUACUGCAGUUACUUUGUAUUUAGUCUAUAAUAUUCUCAGUUACCAAGACAUUUACCUUGCAAAGUUCAUAAGUUGUAACAUUUUUAUAUUUCAUAAGAUGUGGGCAUUGCUGGCUGUCCUUAAUUGCCCUUGAAAAUGAAAUGUUUGAAGAAAUUCUUUCCGUUCAUGGUGCAAUCUGAUAUCAAACAGAAUUUGAAUCUGGUGUACAUUAUAAAUUUAAUUAUUUCUAUGCUUCCUGCAAGUUGUAAAUUUACAGUAACUAAGUUUAAAUUUACAGUAACUAAGUAUGUAACUCUCCUUUAUGAGUUUUCCAUCAUGAGACACUUUAUCCAUUCUCUGGGGGAAAAUAUAGUCUGCUUACCUAUUCUAUGCAAUGUGCAUUUUAGCAAUUAGGAUCAAUAGCCAUUUUACUGUCAAGGGAA